UUUGCAGAUUGAUAGUACACAAGAUGUUAGUGUUGUAGAUCAGGCAGCAGUGUGCAUCCGGUAUAUUUAUGAAGGAGAAGUAAAAGAAAGGCUAUUUGCCUUAUUAAAAGUGGUAGAUUCUUCUGGAAAUGGCUAUUAUAAUAUGUUAAAACAACUUUUUUCUGAACAUUCGAUUAAGUUCAACAAUAUCAUUGGUGAAUCAUUUGAUGGAGCAGCAAACAUGAGAGGGGAGUACUCUGGUCUACAAUCCAAAAUUAAAAACCAAGAAAACCCAAAAGCCAUUUAUAUAUGGUGUUACAGUCAUGUACUCAAUUUAUGCAUAUGUGAUACUUGUAAAAGUUUGGAAGCUAAGAAUUUAUUUGGAUUUUUGAAUCGAUUAUCAACAUUUUUUAGUGAAUCAUAUAAACGUAUGCUUGUUUGGUUACAAGAAAUUAAUUCAAGUUUGGGUUCAAAUAAAUUAAAAAAACUUCAAAAAAUAUGGGAAAAUAAUACACGAUGGUGGUCUCGAGAAAAAGCGUUGUAUUGGAUAUUUGAUGGAGAUUAUUGUCUUUUUCCAAUAAUUAUUUGUGCUCUAUAUCAUAUUUCCAUUUCUAGUAACUUUGAACCUAAAACAAAAGGUAUGGAUUUAUUAUCAGCCUGGGGUAUGAUAGAUUCUAUAAAACAAGAAAUUGGACGGCUAAGUUUUGACUGUAUUUUAAACAAAUCUAUAAAUUUUUCGAAUAAUAUGAAUGAUUUACUUAGUAGUAUGAAUCUUCCUGAUGAUAUAUUAGUUUCAAGUACGUUUCCUGUUACAAGGAAAAGCAGAAAAAAGAGAAUGUAUGAUGAAAUAUGCGAAGAUGAAUCACCAGAAUUACCACUAGACAAGUUUAGAGUAGAUACAUAUCAAACAAUAAUUGACCAGAUAACUAUAAGUUUAAAUGAACGUUUUACUGACAACAAUAAAUUGAUAGCAGAUGUUCAGUACUUAUUACCUAAAAAUUUUAAACUAAUUGAACAAAUGCCAAAUACUGCAUUAAAACAUUUGGCAAAUUUAGCAAAUUUAGAACACAUACAACUUUGUUUAGAACUUAAAAACUUUUCUAAAGUUUAUCCAAAGAUAAACAUGUCUACAAUAGAGAAAACUAAACAAAUAUACCAUCAGCUUGAUACUGAAUCAGAUGAAAAUACAGAUGACAAUGAAGAGAAUAUGUAUGAGAAUACAGCAUUUCCUU